AUGGCUCCAGUUACACGAAGCGGCAGCGCCGCUCCAGAGCGACAACCACAACGAGCCGGCGACUCCGACCCCUCACAGACCCUAAGCCAACUCCCCUCUCAGACCCUCCCUCCAAGCUCGAACCCAGGCCCAGCCCACGAGAACCCCUCGCUCGAGGCACCAGCAGAUAUGGCCGGGUUGCAACGCCAGGAACGCGAGCUCGAUCGUCAGUUGGAAGAAGAGGAGAUACGGCAGCGGCUGAGGAGCAAGCGCGCUCGCUUAACACUACUCCAGAGCGGCGACACCGGCCCGGAGCCCCGGCCAGCUGGCCUCAGCCCUCUCAGCACCCCUCCUGUGCCGACCCCUUCAGAGGCACCCUCGACAGCGCCUGCACAGCUAUAUCGCGGCUUGCCAGCCCUCAUAUACAAGGGGGGAUCGUACAUGGAGUUGAAGACGUUCCUAUACGACCUGCGGUACCAUUUCGACAUCUGCCGCUUGACCAAUGAAGCGGAUAAGGUGGGAUAUGCAGUGCGCUGCUUGAAAGACGAUCCCAAGCGGGACUGGGUCAACUAUGUCGCCCGCCAGGAGGAGGGACAGCGUGAGCCUGUCCCUAUCACCUUCGGAGAACUCGAGUCCUUCCUGGAGAACCAAUUGGCCGAUCCCACCACCCGCGCUGUCACUGCUGCAGCGACGCUUGCAAGCAUCGCUCAAGGCAAGGGCGAAUCAGUGAUAAGCUUCGUGCGCCGGUACCAGGAGGCGGAGCUUGAGUCUCCCCAUCCUGACACCGAGCAACACCGCAUAACGGCUGUCCUCACACGCCUCAGACCAGAAAUCCGUAUCGCCAUCAGUGCGCAGACGACGCUCCCGAGCAGCUGGAAUGCCCUGAUUGGCUUAGCACGACGUAUCGAAUCCGCUCAAGGGACGGUCACCAACCCUCAACCUGCUGUCAAGACGCUCCUAAGCAGCAGCCCAGGAACUGCUACCCCCUCAUAUCACAGGCCAUUUUGCUAA